AUGGAUGCUCAAUCAAACAAACUCGACAUAGUCUUGGUAGACUCCAUUCCCCUCCUGUCAGACUGUUUAAACAGCCUCAUCUACUUCAACAAGCAUUAUAACAUCUGGCCUUCCCUAUACAUCGACCUUGAAGGCGUCGAUCUCGGCAGACAUGGUUCGAUCUCCAUCCUCCAGCUUUUUGCCCCCUCCAUGAAAAAGAUCUACAUCAUCGACGUCUACAAAUUACAAGACAAAGCCUUUUCACCCGUAGACAACAGCGGAAUUUCUCUCAAAUUCAUUCUCGAAACCCCAUGCAUCCAAAAAGGCAUCUUCGACCUCCGCAACGACUCGGAUGCCCUGUUCAGCCACUACGGCAUCUCAAUCCAUGGAAUCCAUGACAUCCAACUAAUGGAGCUCGCAAGCAGACAACACCCCAGAGCCUUCCUCGCCGGCCUGGCCAGAUGCGUCGAGAAAGAAAGCCCCAUCUCCCCCGAAGAGAAAAAAAGCCUGGCAAACCACAAAACAAAAAGUCCACCGGCUCUUCGACCCAGCCCUAGGCGGCAACUACGAGAUCUUCAACGAGCGUCCCAUAAAGCCAGACAUCCUCACGUACUGCGCCCAGGACGUCGCCCUCCUCCCGGGCUUAUACAGCGUCUAUUGCCAGAAGUUGGCUGCAGACGCAUCCCGGCAGAAGUUCUGGGAACACGAGAUAAGAUCUGCGACCAGCGAUCGUAUCCGCCUUUCACAGAGCCCUCAUUAUAA